GGCGCACAGUCACCGGCAGCGAAAGGGUGCGCUAACAACGUCCACACGUUUACGUCCAAGCUGCGGAUGCGUUCAGUCGUCCGACCGGAAGAAUGGAACGUUCCACAAACAAAAAAAAACAGAAACAAGGGGUGCCAGGGUGCGCUCAGCGCGAUGUAAUGUGCCAUUUCGGUAUUAAAAUUGAUAAUCCAUUCGGUGGCCCCAGUCCGCGCAGUCCGUGCCGCGGCACAGGUACAGGUCGUAACGUCGUGCGGUCGUACACGGGCGCGCCAAGAUGUGCGUUCACGGGAAUUUAAUUGUACCGCUGGUACUGUGCGCAACGGUUGCGCUGGCUCUCGCACUCACGGUCAGUCCGUCCGGCGUGGUCAAGGUGGACCACCAGCCACCGAACAGUACCGGGGCCAGUGUCUUCGAGCGGCGGCCAGCGAUCGCCCCGGAGGACGCUGACAGUACGGUGCAGGAGCUGCCGCGGUCACGAUCCAGGCGUCGUACGCGCGAUCCGGACGACAAGAACAACAUUGAGUCAAGUAAUCGCAAUAGUUUUGGUAUAUCGCUCUGGGAGUGGAUGAAGGGACGCGACAAACACGAGGAGAACUGUAUGCUGAUCGCGAUCGGUGGUGUGGCGAGCGGUGGUGCCCUGACGGGAGCGUUCGUCGGGGCCGGCAUCGGGAGCAUCUUCACCGGACCGGGUGCCAUCGUCGGUGGAAUCAUUGGUGGGCUGGUCGGUGUGUUUGGGGGGAUGAGUGUGGGUGCGCGAGCGGGUGCGGUUACAUGUGACAGUGUCUAGGACCAGCAGUGUCAGUGCCAGUGAGAGUGUCAAAAACCGUUUUUCUAGAGCAAUAAAAUUCGCUUAAGUUUCUACCGAAGCGUUGUGA